AUGGAAUCAUCUUCAACGGUUACUAAAUUCCGUUUCAGAGAAUCCGAGAAUUCAAACGAUUCCGACACCAGCAGCUCUUCCAUUUCCUCCUUUUACUCUGACAAUGGCGACCAGGUGUCCGACCUCCAAUCCAUGGCCGGAAAGGGAAUAAAGCGACUUUGUGCCGAAUUACUGGAGAUAAAGGCGUUAUCGGAUGAAGAUUUUCAUGGAAACAUCUUCGCUAAUUAUUCUGCAUUUCUCGGUGUAUUUGACGAAGUAAAGGACAUGGAAAAGGAGCUGAUGAAACUGAAAACGCAAGUUUCUACACAGAAAGGGCUAGUAAAAGAAUUAGUCGACGGUGCGUACUUAAAGUUGUUAUCAGAGGAAACAAUGGAAUCAAUCAUUGAAGAAUCUGAGUUCGAUGAGCCGCCUCGCGAGCUGGAGGAUCGCAUCGACGAUGUUUCAGAAAUUCUGGACAGUCUACUGUCAGAAAACAGGAUAGAUGAAGCUAUAGGCAUUUUAGAAAUGGAGGAAGAGAAUUUACAAAGAGUGGUCGUUGAAUUAGGUGAUACCGCAUCGGAUGUUUUGAUGUUAUAUAAGUCUGUGAUUUCUGAGAGGAAAGCAAUGCUGACGAUGGAAUUAACUCUGGUGACUGAAAAUUCAAGAAUAAGUGCUCCGGAACUUCAAAAGGCACUGGUCGGAAUCUGCAGACUAGGUGAAGGUCAUCUUGCAACUCAAUUAUUGCUAAAGUAUUAUCAUUCGCGUAUUGCGAGUGGAAUACAUGAUUUGCAGAAUUCAAAGGCGUUUUUACAUGUGGUGUACGUUAGGGAACUUUCGAGGAGCUUUAUGAAGCUGUUUGGAGAAACUUCUCCUUUUGCUUCAGAAUUUAUUCAGUGGGUCAAUGAAGAAAUGGAAGUCUUUGCUGUUUCUUUUGCUAAACAUGUUAUGUCUGUAUCAGAGGUAAGCAGCAGACUGUCUACAGCUGUAGAAUCUGCGCAGUUUGCGCUGUCAUAUUGCUCUUUGUCAGAAUCUCAGAGAUUGGUGUUGAGGCCAUGCUUGAUCGAGCAUAUUAGCCCUUGCAUGGAAGAGGUUCUCCGGAUACAUGUAGAAGAUUUUAAGAAAGUCAUUGGCAUCUUUACAGAAACUGACGCUUGGGUUUUGGGUAGAUAUCUACUAUCUGGAAUUUUAAAUGAAAGCUACUCUUCUAUGGUUGUUGGGGAACGACCAGAAUAUUGCCGGCUCACCAGCAGCGGUAGGAAGUUCGUAACUGUGUUGCAGGCUAUCACUGGAGACGUUACCCCUUUGGUUGCACUUCAAUUGGAAGAUUCUAUUUUCAGAGGACUCAUGAACCUCUUCUCAGAGUAUAUAGCUAUCCUUGAAAGAGCCAUCACCUCAGAAACAAACGAGUCGAAAAGGAAUGGCUCGGGCAUAAUUUUGGCAGAGACAGUGCCUCAACAAGUUUCUAUUCUGGCAAAUCUAUCGACACUUGAAAAUCUGUUCUCUAGCACUAUUUUAAGUGUUUUUGGAAGCAACAAUCAUAUUAGUUCUGAGCAAAUGAAAAACCAGUCAGUUGGUUUUCAUCACCAGGAACUUGAAAGUCGUGUAUCAUUUGUUCAAGAUGCAUCCGCUAGGCUAAGAGCUCAUUUUUUCCAGCAAUUUAUUUGCAGAAUGAUGUCGCCUGAAACUGGCUGUAAACUGAGCCCCCAAAAGUUCAUGGACAGAAGUCAGGGUGAUCCUGGUGUGGUUCAUGGUGCGGUGCCCUCUGUUGCCUUUCAGGUGCUGUUUCUUGAACUGAGGAAACUUGGUAAACUUACAGAGGACGAUGUUUUUGAAGUGGAUUGGUUGAUGGAGCUGUUGAGGGAACUGAUUGAGGCCAUAUUUGUUUGGAUUUCAAACGACAAAGAGAUUUGGGAGAAUAAUGAAGAACAAUUGAAUUUUCAACAUCCUGACAUUCAGAAUCAGCUUGACCACCUGACUUCCUUUGCCCUCUUUACUGCUGACCAGCUUCAUCAACUUGCAUUAUUGCUUUCAGUUUUGCGUAUCCAAUCUAAUGCUACUCGUCAGUUUUUGUCUUUCGUUCUGGACACGCAUUUUUUGGUGGAAACCAUAAGAUAUGGAGAAUACUUCACAAAUCCCAUGGUUCCUGCAACUCUAAUGAAUUCAGUAUUCAAUUCCGCAGGAUUGGAUCCUACAAGAGAUGCCGAUGAUGAUGAUGAUGGUGGUGGUGGAUGGGUUAUGAAAGCUGCAGUUGAAGCGAUUGAAAAGCUGCUGGAGAUUGAGGAAACAGACUCUCCUUCAGAUGAUGAGCUUGUAGGAAUUUCUGUAGAUGAACCACAUGAAAACCCUUCUGAGCAUGCAAGUGAAACUCCAAAUGAUGAAGGCACAAUUUUUUCCGAGGAUUGUCUAAUGUUGGAUGAGAAUGUAGCGACCACAGAUGCAUUAGAAGUCGCCGUCCACCUGGGAAACACGAAUUUGAAUGCAGAGUUGAACCAAGCUGGACAGUUCCCAGAUCAUUUGAAAGACAAGGGUUGUUCUAUUGAUAGCAGUACGACAUGCCUGAAUGACAUUUCUGGAGAAAUAGAAGAUAUUGAAUCUGGAAAUGCAGCAUAUGAUAAAUUUCAUUUCGACCAGGAAACCACUUUACCAAACCUUCUGUUGUCAGUGACUGCCAGUGAAGCUUCUGGAGUGGGGUCUAAAUCUUCUCCCGAUACAUUCUUCAACGAAUCUUCACACAUCAUUGAUCGAAAAGCUAAAACGAAAAAUGGUGGCGCGAAAUUACUGAAUCCAAUACGCAAAAAAGGGCAAAAGGGCAACCCCACACCCUCCACCCUCCACCCCCGUCCCCUCUCUUCUGCCGCCAACAACCCUGGACUUGUUGAAGCGACCGUUUUUGCUCCCUUUUCCUGUUUGACCAAAACCGCAGAGUCUGGAUCAGAGCGUUGUCCUCUUUGUAAGGUUCAGUAUGGUGGCCGAGAUUUGAGGUGUUUGCCUUUUAUUGAAAACAUGGUGACAAUCUAUAGAAGCUUGGAUGCUGCUUUCAGUACUGGUAUUUUGCAGUCUCUUUCUGAUACUGGCAGGAUUUUGAAGCAAAGUCCUGCUUCAACAAGUACUGAUUGUAAGGAUAAGAAAUUAUUGGAAGCUCCUUGGGAGAAUAAUUCUUGUAGUGGGCGAUCCAAAUUAAUGAGCAACAAUUUAGCACAUGUUCCAUUGAAUCGCUCAGUUGAAAUUGGGGUUCGAAAUAAUGAGGUGACAGAUAAUUGCAAUGUGCCAAUGCAUGUUAAAGAUAAAGAGCAUGGGAUGAUUGGCAGCGGAGGGGAUGCAUCCAACAUCAAACAGAAUUUUGAUUCUCCACAAGUUGGUUCGCAAAUAAGAGCUAGGAGGCUUCACGAAUCUAAGAGUUUUCAAAUGGACAUGAAUCAGGCAGACCAAGCGUCGCCUAGAAGUCCUCCUUCAUUUGGUGAUAAGGAUUCAGAAAAUGACAGUAAUGAUCAGGGAGGUGAUGAUAGUCCACAAAAUUAUAAAGCAGAGCACUUGGUUCGACUAAAUUCUGAUAACAGAAGAAGACAAGAGAGGCACGACUGUUCUGCUUCUGAAACUGAGAAAGGCCAUUUGAGGGAUUCGAAGAGACAUAAGAAUUUGAACUACAACCCAUCAGGUUUAUGUGCAAAUAAUAUUGGUCAUAUCGAGCCAAAUACACCUCAAACUGAAAAUUUGAUAACCAGUUCUCAAUUACAGUCUCCUGCAACAUUGAAUAACUCAUUUGAAGAGAAAACUGCUUGUGGAUUCUGCCUUUCCUCCAGAAUCACAGAGAAUACUGGUCCAAUGUUGCAUUAUGCAAAUGGGAAGCAAGUAGUGGGAGUUGAAGCAACUCUAUCCAACACUAUACAUGUGCAUGCGAUAUGUAUUGAAUGGGCGCCACAAGUCUAUUAUGUUGGUGAUACUGUAAAGAAUCUGAAGGCAGAACUGGCUAGGGGUGCAAAACUUAAGUGUGCCAAAUGUGGGCUGAAGGGAGCAGCUUUGGGAUGCUAUCUAAAAUCUUGCAAGAGAAGUUAUCAUGCUCCAUGUGCAAUGGAAAUUACUAAAUGUCGAUGGGAUUUAGAAAACUUCCUUGUGCUUUGCCCAGCUCAUUCUUCAGUAAAAUUUCCAAAUGAGAAGUCCAAGUCUGAGAAACACAACAUAAAAAUUUCUUCUGUGCCGACUUCAGUUGCCCCAUCACAGUCUAACUUUUGGGCGGGAUCAUCUAGUGGAGCAAAGGAAUGGGUUUUCUGUGGAUCUGCUCUGUCUUCUGAGGAAAAGGUCAGUUUAGAUGACGGUUGA